AUGUCAGAUCAAUAUAAAGAUAAUUUUUGGGGACAAAGUGGUUUUGAUGUGUUGGAAAAAAGAGUUAAUGAAGGAACAGAAAGUACUAGAUUGUUUUUAUAUUUUAUGAAAGAAAGAGCAUCCAUCGAAGAAAGCUAUGCAAAAAGUUUACAAAAACUAUUAAAAAAUACAUCAGAUUUAAAUGAAUAUGGUACAUUACGUGAUGCAUGGUUUGCAGUUAGAGGUGAAGUUGAAUCACUUGUAAGAGUACACAAUGAAUUAAGUACUAAAAUUGAUAAAGAUAUAGUAUCACCAUUUGAAAAAUUCAAAUCAGAACAAAAAAAAGUUAAAAAAAGUUUUUUACAUGAUGGUUAUAAAUUAAAUAAAGAAAGAAAGGAUUUGGAAAAUAAUAUUAAUAAAUAUAAAACAAAAUAUGACGACUAUUCAAAACAAGCAGAAACUAUGGCAAUUCAAAUGGAAACAGCAAAGAAUACAAAAACUGCACAAGAAAUUGGAAAGAUUCAAGUUAAAUUACAAAAAUUACAAAAAGAAGCACACCUAUUUGAACAAGAUUAUAAAGAUGCUGUUAAUAAAUUAUCAGGUUACCAACCAACUUGGGAAGAGAAAGUUUCAUCUAACUAUCAUACAUUACAAAUGACAGAAGAAGAAAGAAUAGAUUAUAUUAAAGUUCAAUUGGAAAAAUAUGUUGGUGCAAUUAAUUCAACCGUACCAGAUACAGAGACUACCAAUAGAAAUUUAGUUAAAGUUGUAGCACUUGUCGAUAAAUAUGAAGAUAUUCAAUGUUUUGUUAGAGAGAGUAGAACAGGUACUGAACCACCACCACCACCAUCUUUUAUUCCAUUUGGUGGUAAAGCGUCAUCAGAUUAUAUUCAAAGCAAAUCAUCUUAUUCAUUGGCAUCUUCAACAUCUUCACAACCACCUUUAACAAGCAGCUACAGUAGCAAUAGUUUAACAAGCAGUAAAUCACAACCACCUCCACCACAACGUAAUUUUUCAUCUCAAAAGAAAGUAGUUGCAUUAUAUGAUUAUGUAGGUAGUGAUGCUACAGAACUUGACUUUUUCGCUGGUGAUAUUAUUACUGUAAUUGAAGAAGAUGAAUCUGGUUGGAAUGUCGGUCAACUAGGUGAUAGACAGGCAUUAUACCCCUCAAACUAUUGUAAAGAACAAUAAAUAAUUAUAAUAAUAAUAAUAAUAAUAAUAAUAAUAAUAACCAAUAGUAAUUUUUUCGAACCAACCUAAAUUUUUGUAAAAGUAUCCAAUUUCAAACCAAAUCAAUAAAAACCUUUAAAAUAAAAGAAUAUAAAAAAUAAAUAAAAUAUAAAUAUAUAUAUAAUUUGUAAAUCAU